AAUGACUUUUCUAUUUACAUAUAUUAUGAAUAAAAGUCUCAGACAAGCGUACAUUGUAAUUGAAAAGAUGUUUCUCUUGUCCAAGAUAAAUGUGACAGUCUUGGUCGUUGCAGUGUUCAGUUGGAUACAGUUAACUCACGGUCGAUGUACCAGAGUCUGCUUUUUUUAUGCCUCGGCCGCAUCUCCGAUAAUUUUCAGGCCUCGUAUGAUUGAUUCAGCUAUAAGUUCCCGGUGCUCGCAUCUCAUCAUUGGCUAUGGAUAUGUUAUUGAUGCUAGAAAUCCACGCAUCCAAGUUCACGAUAAAGUGACUGAGUUCAUGCCAGGAUUUCAAGCACUCAGGAAGGCUGAUGCCAACUUUAAAAUUUUGUUGCAAAUUCAAAACUGGGACUAUAACGAUAUGCGUCCAGAAACUUAUGACGAUGUGAUAUCUACAGCUAGUGGACGGCGUAUUUUAAUUCAAAAUAUUGUGAAACUUUUGCAGACAAUGGGUUUUGAUGGCAUACUAAUAAGAAACAGUAACUAUGGACGACUUGUCAGUAUAAAAAGAGAGCAUAUUUUGUUUCUUCAGGAGUUAGCCACAGAGUUUAGAUCCCAGUCAUCUACCACUGGAAGACCAAAGUUGCUUUUGUUUGAAUCUCUCCUAGAGCCCUAUAAUACUCCACUAAUCGAAGCCUGUUCUGAUGUUAAUGGAAUAUGUCGAGAAGUGGACAUGGUGAUUUUGGAGACACAUUAUUUAUACCAAAGUAAUCUGACUCCUACACACCAUAGUAGAUUGUAUAACGAAGCGCCAAACCAGAAAUAUUCUGUUAACUUUGUAACCAAUUAUGCGCUUUCAAAAGGAUGCGCCAAAGAAAAACUGCUUAUUGCUAUAACUGCAGAUGCUCUGACAUUCCAAAAGUCACAUUUUCUUAAAUAUCAAUUUUAUAAUUUCUACGGAUUAUUACCAUAUUGGGUCUUAUGCUCCAGACUUAAGAAGUAUUCUCCCAAAGUACAGCGAUAUAGUGAUCAAGCUCCUUUUGUCUAUUACGAGAUAUGGAGAAAUGAUUGGCAACGUGUGGAAGAAAGCUUCUACAAUUUCUACGAAGAUGCUGUCAGUUUAAAGGCGAAGGUAAAUUAUAUUAAGCAAAAAGGUCUUGGUGGAUUUGUACUUUGGGAAUUUUAUAGUGAUGAUAAUUCGAACGAUUGCUUAGAUGGUCGAUAUCCAAUCUUAAGUAUACUCAAUCGAGAAUGCACAUGAGGACUGUUGAUGUUAUACAAGUUUAUGUACUCAACCGAUGAAACUGGACAUCACAUAUUUAGGAGAGUCAAACAAAAAGAUUAUUGGCUUUCAAUAUUUUUUCUCUAUAUCUUAUAAAUAAGUAACAUUUAAACAUUAUUGGGAUUAUUCUUUUUUGUUUCUACUUAACAAUUUUCUUUUGAAUACUUAUUUCUAAUACAUAACUAGUUAUCUCGUCCAAGAUUUAUUAUUGAAAUAUUUUUUUCUUCAUUCUAAUAUAGAAAUAAUAAAAGAAAUAUUGGAAGAAUA